UAGUUUGGCCGACAGAGAGACAACAACAAUGAUAGCUUUGCUGCUGCUGGCGCUGGUCCCUCACUGCUCUGCUGUGCCUCUUUCACCUCAGGACAUCGACAAACAGCUUCUAGCAGAGAAGUACCUGCGGCGCUUCUAUGGCCUUCCUGUUGGUCUUCAAGGAGGAGAGACGUCAUCAGAUGCUUUCAAGGAAAAGGUUGAGGAGAUGCAAAGAUUCUUCAAACUUAAGGUGACGGGAAAUCUUGACGACAACACUUUGGAGCUGAUGAAAGAGGCCAGAUGUGGUGUGCCAGACAUUGGGGAGUACAACCACUUCCCUCGACACCUUAAAUGGCAAAAUAACAAUGUCACUUUCAGGAUAGUAAAUUAUACGCCAGAUCUGAGGAAGCCUGAUGUAGACAGAGCCAUCCGUAAUGCGUUGAAUGUUUGGUCUGCUGUCACCCCCCUGACCUUUAAGAAGCUGUACAGUGGUAUUGCAGAUAUCAUGAUCAGCUUUGGAUCAAAAGAGCAUGGAGACUACAACCCUUUUGACGGGCCUGAUGGGCUGCUUGCUCAUGCCUACCCACCUGGCCAGGGUAUAGGAGGAGACACUCACUUUGAUGAGGAUGAGCACUGGACCAAGGAUUCAUCAACAUACAACUUGUUCAUAGUGGCAGCUCAUGAGUUGGGCCACGCUCUUGGGAUGUCCCACUCCACAGAUGCAGGGGCCCUGAUGUACCCCGUCUACUCCUUCACCACAGGCUACCCGUUGGCUGAGGAUGACAUUGAAGGCAUUCAGGCUCUCUAUGGCCCAAACCCAAACCACAGGAAAGUGAAGCCAAAGCCUGAUGCACCGGACAAGUGUGACCCCAUGUUGACAUUUGAUGCUGUGACAGAGCUCAGAGGGGAAACCAUCAUCUUCAAAGACAGAUUCUUCUGGCGUCUCCAUCCUCAGAUGCCAGAGCCUGAGCAGACACUGAUCAAGUCCACGUGGCCCUCCAUCCCAAACAAGAUAGACGCAGCAUAUGAGAAUGCAGAGAAGGACAUUGUCAUCAUAUUUAGAGGGAUCAAAAUGUGGGCUUUGAAUGGGUAUAAUCUUGUGAAAGGUUACCCAAAGUACAUACACAAACUUGGACUUCCCAAGACAGUAAGGAAGAUAGAUGCGGCUGUACAUAUUGGAGACACUGGGAAAACUCUGCUGUUCACUGAUGAGGAGUAUUGGAGCUUUGAUGAAGCAACAGGCACCAUGGACACUGGCUACCCACGAUCCAUUGAGGAUGAUUUUCCUGGGAUGGAUGAUGAAGUUGACGCUGCUACUUAUCACUAUGGAUACUUGUAUUUCUUCCAUGAACACAUGCAGUAUGAGUACAGUUACAACUCAAGAAAGGUCAUCCGCAUCAUGAGAACAAACUCCCUUCUCAACUGCUGAUGAGGCGGUCUUAAACAAAGUGUUAAAGAAGAAACAUGCAUGUUAAAAAUGAGACAAGAGACGAUGAAACUCAUUGAUUGAGCUGGAUAAUUGACGGAUAAGAGGGAUGUUGAACAGUAUUUUUGUAUGGUUUUUUUUAACAGUGCUGGACACCUGUAUGUCAUAUCUAAUGUCAGACACAGAAUGCUGGAAAAUUCCUCAGAUCUUUGCUAUUUAUUGCACUUCUUCAUAUUUCUACUUCAAGUUUCACUUAGAACAGCAAGAUGCUUUGCAGGUUAAGUUUCUUGUCACUUACAGUAGGUUGUGCUGUGUGAUAACUGUACUACUUGCUCAACUACUGUAUUGAUUAAAGAUUGUAUGAUGUAUUUAAUGUUUGUGUGCUUACAAUUUUUAAGAUCUGGAACAUAAUAAAUAGAUAAAAACAGAGAAAUUA